CUGAACUCCCCUAGCAACGAUAAACUCGUCCAUUCCAUCAUGGCGGAGGACGAGAGAGAAAGCGACGUCUCAGAGGAGGAAGAAAACGAAGAAAUACCUGAAGAAACACAAGAAAAACAAGAAGAAAAAUUAGACGGACCUCCUGAUCGAGCAGUGCUACGCCAUUUCUUUAUCCGCUUCUGUGCCAGUUUCAUCGCCGGGGUGCUCUUUCUUCAUUGGAGCAUCACAUGGCUUAGAUGGGAGAGAGAUGACCUCCCACGGCAGACAGCGCCGGUUCACGAGUUUCUGUCGCUCCUCCUCAACCCGUACUCCAUGACAGACAACACACUGGUGCCACCCAACACAACGCUAGCCUCCGUCUGACACCUACAACUGCCGUUUUCUAUCACCGGCUUCUACAACAUCAACAACAACAAAACUAAAAGGAAGAACCCAGGACUGAUCACAAAAAUUUCAUCGCUUGCUUUUUAAAUCCACAGCUUUUGAAUGGUAAAAUUCUGCAUAGGCAAAAAUUUAAAGGACAUUUUUUUCUUGUGACAAAAAGUUGUAUACUGACACUUUGGGUUUUUCCCUUUUUCUUUACAAAUUCAACACAAAUUGCAACACUGACAUUAACUUUCAUGACCAUGGCUUACUCUAUGUCCAUCAGAAAGCGAUAAUUAUUAUCAUGAAUGUCAUUUUCUUCUCUUAUGUUGCAUUCUAACUGUAAAUUUUGGCAAGAUGUGAAUUGUUUAACCACAUCUAUGGAGCUUGUCUAUAAUCAUGAUGUCAUCACAAUGGGAGGUGAUGUCAUCACUAUGAGAGGUGAUGUCAUCAGAUUAUGUGCAUGACAUCGUAUCUUUCUGCAAAGCAUGAUUACUAAAGAGUUAUCAUAAGUUGAAGAGAGAUACAAUCUUGUUCAGUUUAAUUGAGUUAAUUUUACUCAAGAUAAACAGACCAAUCAAAAGGUCAGAAAGCUGCAACUGCUUCUUCUGAUUGGCUGAUUAACCAGCCAAU